AUGAAAUUAGGAGUUCUAUUGUUGAUUUUCUCAACUCUAGGCAUAUUUGCAAAAGAUGUUACAAAAAUUCAUGAUUGGGUACAAAAGAACAUUCAAUCUCUAGAAAAGUAUAUAUAAGAAACAGAUAUGACAAGCGAUAUUUUGUUAGGUGUUUAAAGAAAUGAUAAAGGCAUUAAGUAAGUCUUAAUCUUAAAAUAAGUUUUUAAAAUUGGAUUCUUUCGACUAAUCAUAAAUAACAUAUAGAAUUGACCGAUGGACUAAUUAAAAAGACAACUGCAUUUGGUCCAGAAUCUGAAUAUUUUACAGAAACAACAUAAAAUUUAGUUUUCUUAGGAACAUAAAUUAAGGAUAAGGAAUGGAUAAAGAUUUAAAUGAAAAAAAAUAAUGAAGAUAUUUAAAGAAUUGAUAUGUUUGCUUAUGACAAUUAUCAAGGUGUCAGUUUAAUCAAUUCUAACAAUGAAGGAACAAUCAAUAGAUUAUUAAUAGUAGAAAAAAAGAAUGAAAUUAUUUCCUCUUAUGAAGAACAUGAAAAAUCCAUAAUCUAAAUAUCAAAUUUAUCAGAAGGCUAAUCCUUAUUCUAUAUUCUUUACAGUCAAAAUUCAGAAGUAGGUGACAUUGAAAAGUUAUUUAAUUACAUUGUUAAAAAUGUUAUUGAUCUUGAAAAAGAACCAGAAAUCAGUGCUGAUGAAUAACCAGUCAACUAAGAUGAUGGAGAAGAAGAAUCUGAUCCUAAUGAUCUAGAAAAAUUGAGUAAAUCAAAAAAAUAAGGAGAGGGUGAAGAAAAUGAAGGAGAAGGUGAAGAAUAAGAAAAAAAAGAACAAGAAGUACCAGAAGAAGAAAAUCAUCAGGAAGUACCAGAAGAAGAUUGCCCUGGGGGAGAGGAAGAUGACACUGUUAAGAAUAAAGUCGAUGUUGAUUCAACUACACAAUUACCACCUUAGGAAGAUCCAAAAAAUGUCAAAAUAUAAACAACUGAUGCAUAACCAGAAGAAACAGUUGAAAUAGUAGAAGAAUCAGAAGAAGAAGAAAUUAUUGUUCCACAAAAAACACAAUCAGUUGGAGGUAAAUCAAGUUUACCACCAAAAAAGAAUCAAGAUGGAGAUGAGAACAGUGAACCAGAACCUCCUUCUGAGGAAUAUUAAAAUUGUGCAGGAGAAGAGUUGGAUACAGUUAAAAACAAAAGAGACUUGAAUGCAAACUUAGAAUCCAAACAAGAAAGAGUAUUUUAAGCAAAAUAAGUUAAUAUCAACGAAACAGUUCAUGAAGAAGAAGGUGAAGGAGAUGGAAAUACAGAUGGAUAAGGAACCACUUAAGGUGAGGGAAAGACAGAUGCAACUGAUGAAAAGACAGAUGCAACUGAUGGAAAGACUGAUGUUACUAAUGGAAAAGCUGAUACUGAUGGAAAGACAGAUGCUACUGAUGGAAAGACAAAUGAUACUGAUGGAAAGACUGAUGCAGCUGAUGCUACUGAUGGAAAGACAGAUGCAACUGAUGCAACUAAUGAAAAGACAGAUGCCACUGAUGCAACUGAUGGAAAGACAGAUGCUACUGAUGGAAAAACUGAUGUCACUGAUGGAAAGACUGAUGCAACUGAUGGAAAGAUAGAUGCAACUAAUGAAAAGACAGAUGCUACUGAUGAAAAGAAAGAUGCAACUGAUGGAAAGACUGAUGUUACUAAUGGAAAAGCUGAUACUGAUGGAAAGACAGAUGCUACUGAUGGAAAGACAGAUGAUACUGAUGGAAAGACAGAUGCAACUAAUGAAAAGACAGAUGCUACUGAUGAAAAGAAAGAUGCAACUGAUGGAAAGACAGAUGCUACUGAUGAAAAGAAAGAUGCAACUAAUGAAAAGACAGAUGCAACUGAUGAAAAGAAAGAUGCCACUGAUGGAAAGACAGAUGCCACUGAUGUAAAGACAGAUACUACUUAUGGAAAAACUGAUGCAACUAAUGAAAAGACAGAUGCCACUGAUGCUACUGAUGGAAAGACAGAUGCUACUGAUGGAAAAACUGAUGUCACUGAUGGAAAGACUGAUGCAACUGAUGGAAAGAUAGAUGCAACUAAUGAAAAGACAGAUGCUACUGAUGAAAAGAAAGAUGCAACUGAUGGAAAGACUGAUGUUACUAAUGGAAAAGCUGAUACUGAUGGAAAGACAGAUGCUACUGAUGGAAAGACAGAUGAUACUGAUGGAAAGACAGAUGCAACUAAUGAAAAGACAGAUGCUACUGAUGAAAAGAAAGAUGCAACUGAUGGAAAGACAGAUGCUACUGAUGAAAAGAAAGAUGCAACUAAUGAAAAGACAGAUGCAACUGAUGAAAAGAAAGAUGCCACUGAUGGAAAGACAGAUGCCACUGAUGUAAAGACAGAUACUACUUAUGGAAAAACUGAUGCAACUAAUGAAAAGACAGAUGCCACUGAUGCUACUGAUGGAAAGACAGAUGCUACUGAUGGAAAAACUGAUGUCACUGAUGGAAAGACUGAUGCAACUGAUGGAAAGAUAGAUGCUGGUGAUAGUGAUUAAGGAAAGACUGGUUCAAAUGGGCAUACUAAUGGAGAAAAUCAUACUGAUGAUUAAACAAAGAUCAAAUCUGAAAAAUAAGAUAAUAAAUAGGAGUUAGAAGUAAAAAUACUAAAUAAUUCUUAGGAACCAUGUGUAAUUUUAUAUUCAGAAUGUCAUUUCACUGGAGAUGAAUUGAAAUUAUGUGGUACUCACCCUGUAAUUCCUAAUGAUAUGAAAAAUUUUAAAGUGAAAUCUAUAAAAGUUCCUGAAGGUGUUUAGGUUACAUUCUUUAAUAAGCCUAAUUUUGAUGAUGAAAAAUUACAUGCCAAAAAUGAAAUGGAAUGUCUUGAAACACCUUUAAGAUUAAAUUUACUAGAAUUGAUGAAUAAUCUAAGAAUGCCAAAGCAUGUUAAUAUAAACUCUAUAUCAGUUACAAAUUGA